CAACUUUAUACCUUCCGUAAUUCAUCCCGACCUCUCCGGAGUUUGAUUGCUGCUGGAGGAGGAGAUUGAGGCUCUGGUUGGGGGGGGUGGAAAAAAAGGUUAUCGCGGGAAAGGCAACCUCCUCUUCCACCACCACCCCUUCCUUCCCCGUCCCCCCCCCAAACCCACUCCGGCCAACGAUCGGAUCAGCGACCCCUCCCGUCCCCUCCCUGAUCCACCAUGUCCGGCGAGAGGAACAGGCGAUCGCUGGCUUUCCGCACCGGAGCCGCCGCCGUCAGGAUCGACCCCGAGCUAGGGCCUCACCACCACCAAAACAACAACAACAACGGUAGCGGCAGCGAGGCCUCGAACGGGGCCUUCCCGUCCGUCAGUCCGAGCAAAUCGGCCGCGCUGGACGGCGCCCAGGCCGAGGCCCCCCCAGCUCCAGCCCCCUCCGCCGAGGAGGACUGGGUCGAGACGGUGGUGGUGGACGACGAGUACCCGGAGCAAGAGGUCUCCUCGGUGCGGGUAGUCGACGGCGGGUCGAUCAGCAGCAACGAGUCCGAGGAAGAGGAGGAGGAGGCGGCGCCGGUGGCGGCGGCGGACGGGCAGCUGGAAGGGAUGGACGGGCCCGACAGUAAGGAGCGAGCCCCGACGCCCGGUGAAGGAGCCGGAGGCGCCGUGGGUCAGGAGGACGAGGAGGAAAACGACGGCGGCGGCGGCUGCAGCAGGAGAGGAUUCGGGCUGACCCUGCUCGGGCGGCCCCAGUCCUUCCUGCUGCCCCAGCAGCGCACUUUCCAAAGGUCGUGGCUGCAGGAGUUCCCGUGGCUUCAGUACGAGCAGGAGACGGGCCUUAUGUACUGCUCGUGGUGCCUGCGGGCCAACAGCGGGGCGGGGAGCAACAAUAACCGCAACAAGUUCGUGAAGGGAAGCCGCAAUUACAGACGAACCACGCUGCUGCGGCAUCACCUUUACACCGAGCACCGGCAGAAUGACCCAACGGCUGCCGCCUGCAUGGAGGAGUCUACAAUUACAUCGAAAUCAACAGAUGAACUGUACAGUGAGUACAAAAGUGAUCGAAAUGAAAUUUCCUAUUGUUAUCAACUGCUUCAGGAACUAAAUGAACAGCGGCAGCAAGGCAUUCUGUGUGAUGUCAACAUUGUGGUGAAGGGUCAGGUUUUCAAAGCCCACAAGAAUAUAUUAGUUGCUGGCAGCCGUUACUUUAAGACACUCUAUUGCUAUACUCCAAAUGACAGUUGUGACCAGGUCACAGUGACUCACCUUGAUGUUGUUGCAGUGCAAGGUUUCACUGUCAUUCUUGAUUUCAUGUACUCUGGACAUUUGGUUUUAACCAGUCAGAAUGUAAUUGAAGUAAUGUCUGUAGCGAGCUAUCUACAAAUGACAGACAUUGUUCAGGCUUGCCGUGGUUUCAUAAAGGAUGCCCUAAACAUCAGUACAAAAUCCAAUGCAGCAGAGAAAAUAAUAAUGCAGUAUGAAAAGGUAAAAGCCUCCAACCGGUCCCAAAGAGAAAAUACUGUAGCCACAUUGAAACAUGAAUCCAACAGUCCUUGGAUAGUCAAAUCUACAACUGCAGUGAAUAACUGUGCUACUGGAGGACUGCAUGAAGAAAGGGCUAGAUAUGAAAUGGAGAACUACAAUUUUGAUGUGGGUUCAGUGAUGGACCAGAAUGAGAGCUACCAGAUUAAUGAUACUGUCUGGAGUCAAGAUAACUUUUCGGAUUAUGUUGGAAAGGAUCUGCAGAUGGGACUACCUCAAGAUCAGGGUCCUGCUUUUUCAUGGGGAAACUUAGGAAAACUAAUGCUUCAUCAGACAGUUCCUCGAAGUGGACGAAGGAAAAACCACAUAACUAGAAGAAUUGUAUAUGAUGUUGCACCAAAAGCUGAAGAGGGAGUUGGAGAUAAUUUAAUGAUGCAGCCACCUAUGGCAUUCUCUGAAGAUGGAUUACAGGAAAUUCCUGUUGACUCAUUUGGAGCUGGAACUUCGGAUCAAUUCAGAUUUGGACUGUUACAAGAAGCGCAAAAUAGAGAGACAUGGCUAAAUGGUGAUGCUUCAAUUGGUAGUCAAAACAAAUUCAAGUGCCCACAUUGCAAUUACAUUGCCAAGUAUCGACGCACAUUGAAGAGACAUCAACUAAUACAUACUGGAGUACGGUCCUUUGCUUGUGACAUUUGUGGAAAGUUGUUCACGCGAAGAGAACAUGUAAAGCGGCAUUCACUGGUACACAAGAAAGAUAAAAAGUACAAAUGUAUGGUUUGUAAAAAAUUCUUCACUCUAGCAGCCAGCGUUGGAAUUAGGCAUGGAUCUCGACGUUAUGGCGUAUGUUUGGACUGUUCCGGGGGUGAUAGACAGCCAAAGGGUGACCAUGAUGGUAUGGACCUGAUGGUUGAUCCAGAAUUUUUUAAGGAACAGCAAGAAGAACGAGAACAACCAGGUGAACUGGAGCAGGAAGAAAAUGAGAGAAUGGUUGAUGAAGAUAUGGCAGAUGAAGAUGGAGGAGGGGAAAUGGAUAGAGAGCAGUGGGAAGAUGUUGAGGCUAGUGAGACGUAUGUCAUUUUAGACAAUGACUAACUGGCGAUUAAGCCGUUAUGUUAAACUGAGAAGUGUAACUAUGGUUGUUCACUGUAUAAACAAACCCUAUGAAUUUUAUUUGAAUUGCAAAGAUUAUGGAUUGGCAACAAAACACUAAAUUUUCCAUAUUUUGCUGAUAGCUAUGAACAUUGGAUAAUUAUUGAUAUUUUAAUUGUAGUAAGAGCGGUUUCACAGCAGUAAUGAUAAAAGUAUAUUGGUGUCAGUGAUGGGCAAUUCCUUAUAAUAAUUGGGAUUGAAACUGCAAUUUCUUAAGAAUCUAUGUGAAAAAGUAUGGUGUGGAAAUGCAGUAGUGUAUGACUUCAAGUACAUAUAUGUGCAGGAGACUGUCUUACUAAUUGGGAUACAAAUCAAAAUUGAAUUUGAGAGCACAGGGUUUCUAGUAGUAAGAGAGGGCCAUUAUUUAUUGAAUCUCUUUAUACUGCCUACUUCACUUAGCCUUUCCUGAUUAUUGCUCCACGAGUAAUGUAACCCUUUGGUUGAAUCAGGUCUGCAUGUUGUUUCUUCUAAUUCCUCUUUUUUUUUCUAUUUGUCUUUCAUAUUCUUUAUCAUAACAAAGCAGCUGAAACAAUUCAGUUUGUAAUCUUGAAAAAUCUGCUAGGAUCACUUAAACUCUCCUUUUAGCCAAAGAAAAUUAUAUUGGCUUCCUGAGCUUUUUUCCUGUAGCCUAAUUUCCUUCACUCAGGAUAUUUGCUUAUGUGUCUACUUUCUUGGCAAUAAUAUUCUUCCUAUGAUAGUUCAGCUAAACUGCAUGCACUAUUGCAGUUGGGCUCUGAUCAUCACCUUGUGAUGGAAAAAUGUGGUUGAAACCUCUGAAAGGAUUGAGUCUGAAAUUCAUCCUGAGGUUUUUGUGUUUCUAUGCAUUUUCAAGUUUCAGCCUUUUCAAAUGAAAAAAACACAUAUAAUGCUUAUAUUAUGUUGGUGCUAAUGACAUGUAAGUUUUAAAGCUGUGCUCUUUAAAUUCAGUAAUGCCAAUAUAAAAUCUUAUUGCGGGUCAAGGAAAGAGAACUGCAAAAUUAAAAGAAACUUAAAUAACUGCUGGGUUUAGAGUUUAAACAAGUCACUGUGGCACAAUUAAUAAAGACCAGGCGAUAAAUAAUAAUAUCUCUCUGAUAACUGAAUGAUAGAUGUAGGAUGUGUACAUUUUUAAAUCGUCAUUUACUUAUUAUGGAAUACAUUAAGUUGAGUUCUUGCUGAUAAUUAGGAAUCAAUGUAACUGAAUUCUGAUUCACCAGAAAGUAAUGAAUACUACUUUCUCCCUUUUUAAAGGAGAGGAAAAGCAAUGCUUUAGUUAACUGGGUGUGAAAUAUGAAAACCGCUUUUCACCCUCCUUAAUCUCUUUAACAUAGUUGCAUUUCCUCUUCUGUCAUUCUUGAUUCUGACUCAGUUCAUACACUACAUCAUCAAAAUAUCAUUGCAUAAUAAUUGUUUCAGUAUAAAAAAAUUAACUUUGCAACUUCAGACCUUCAGUAUACCUGAAUGGUUGAGUCUAUCAUCUUAACUCAGACAAAUAAUAGGCUGCUAAUGUUUGCCUGCCUUUAAUUUGGAAUUAUGUUUAAAAACAAGACAUUUUAAUGUUUUCUUUCCUUCUCCAUUCUUAGUUUUAUGACCAGGGUCAGUAAUGCUGCAGAUUCAGAUGUGAAAAAUGAAAUUUCUGGGGAUGGAAAAUAAAAUUAUUUGAAUCUAAAUAGAGCAGAUUUUGUUUAUGACCCACUUCAAAUUAAAUAAGUUUAAUAUUGCAUGGAGAUAGAUCAGUAUCAGAUAACUUGACAACUUCUUGAAUUACACCUAAAUGAUUUGUUACAAUUUUACUGUUUCGGCAAUCAUGAUCCAGUUAACUCGCCAGAAGAACAGAAGCUGCUGGAAAAGCUCAACAGGUUUGGCAGAUGUUGAGGGAGGGUCACCAGACCUGAAAAUUAAUUUUGAUUUCUCUGCACAGAUGCUGCUAGACUUGCUGAGCUUUUCCAGCAACUUCUGUUUUUGUUUCUGAUUAACAGCAUCCACAGUUCUUUCAGCUUUUAAUCUCGUUAACUAGUGUUCAUCUCUCAAAAUUAUGGAAUAUUACAUCAAUAUAAGCAUUUUGAGGGAUGGACACAGUUAAAGUUUUUUUAAAAAAAAAGCCACCUUAAAAACUAGAAAUUUUCUUGAUUGUAUUUCCUCCUGUGAACAAACACAGCAUAGCUAAAAUAACCACCCAUGAUUUUCAGUCCUCCAUAGCAAAUGGUAAUGUUGUGGUGCAAGUGGUCAGCAUAAUAAAGAAAAACAUAUUUGCUUUUAUUAGUUUUUGAAACUGUUGAGCCACAGUUGUAUUAGUAAUUUAUUUCCUGAUUUUGACAGUGAUGCCUAUGGUAUCAUCUUUUCAAAAUAAGGUAUUACUUUUGGAUUUGAGAUUGAUUUUGGAGAGCUGGGCUUCCUAAAUAGAAAAGUGAAAACUGUAUUAUAAUGAUUAUCUAAGACACCCUGAAACUGAAACCAUGAGUCCCAUAUCAACAAAUUGUUAUGGGAAAACAGAGCACUGGUCGAAAUGGAAACACUGACAGACAUCUAAUGAGAAUAAUAUCUUGGGUAAAGUGGAUUUUUUUCAAUCUAUUCCUCCAGCCAGUUUUUGAAGAACACCCACUUGACUGAAUAAAGCAACUGUUACUAAUUUUUUUCAUAUUUUGCAAAUUGAAUAUAGGAAUGAAAUCAGUAAUGUAAAGGGAAGUAGUUCCCUUUACGCUUGAACAUGUGUUUUGUCAGUGUUUCCUCUUCAUCUUUUUCCAUGUAAGUUAUUUUCUGUCCUAAUCUACAGAUAUUGGGGUAUUGUUCCACAGGCUCCAGUUUCAUCUAGAGAUUUUUGAAGGGCCGUCAAGCUGAGCCUGAUUUUGCUCUCAAUAGACAUCCACAUAUGUACUUUUGGUGUUGCUGGAGGUGAUCAGAAAUAGGAAUGCUGGCCAAUUUUAUCUUUCAUGGUUAUCCUAGCUGAGAUGAAGUAAUUCAGCAUAAAUCAAGCUUGAGAAUCCCCUGUUUAAUACAACUAAACUCAGGGCCAUAUCAGAUGCAAUAAUUCCUCAUUAGGCUAUGAAUGGUGCUAGUUGCUCUGUUCUAUGCUUUUGAAUUGAUUAGAGACACUUGGGAGCAAUGGUGUGAAUGAGAUCUUAACAUUAAAUUCUGCCUACAGAUAGGAGGGCUGGUGCAAUGUAUUUGGUGUAAUGGGAACUCUGUGUGGACUUCAACAUACAGAUGAAGGUCCCAUUUACGAUGUGGACUUGUUGAACUUCUUGGUUGAAAGAACUAUAUUCAUAGUCCCAUUCCCCUGAUUUUUCUUUAUACUCCUUCAACUAUUCUCUGUUUCCACUAGUAUUUCUGAUAUUUUGUGUCUAUUUGUGUUAGCUCUUUCACCAAUACCAUCAUAUUUUAGGAAAAGUUUAACAUACUCUUAGCUGCUUCCUGUCAAUCUGUCUAACAACUCUAAUACUAAAUAAUGGUUAACAGACUUAAGUGUAUUCAUGUAUCACCUUCUUUCUUUUGGAAUUCUUCAGAGUAUAUUUAUCUUUUAAUACUGGAAGCAAUCUUAUGAAAAAUUGCCAUAGUUUAAGAUAAUUUUGGAACUGAAUUCAAUAAGUCUUUAUGCAGUCUACUAUUUAUACUUUUACAAGUGGUAUUGAUGCACUUUUCUGUGUUUGUAAACAGAGUACAUUGAGAAUUGUGGAUUUGCAGUGAACUUUAGUGCAAAAAAACUGCAAAGUAAAUCUGAGACCCCUUUGUGGUUGGGUCUUUGUAAAAUACUAUUUUUAACAGUUCCUUUUACAGCAUAACAUUUCUUUCAGUAAGUAGUGCAGUCUCCAAUCAUCCCCAACAGUUUAUUUCCCUUGCAAUGUAACCAUGAUGGUUUUACUUGGUUCCAAGGACUUACUAUUCUUCCCACUACUAGGUUUCCACGCAAUAGCUUCCUUUUUUUUUGAUUUCUUCUUUUGCAAUAUAUUAGGUCCAUUACGAGAAUAUUAUUGUGACCUUGUUAAUAAGCACCUUUUAAUAAUCGCACCAUUCAGUAAAUGUAAAGUUGCAGACAUCACUUUUUGAGCUCAAUAGUGCACUAGUUUUGGUACAGAAGUGAAUUGCCAGUCUUUGAUCUACUUUCCUUUUAUUAAAAAAGCUUAAUUACUCAAUGAGUUAGCAUUGUAUUAGUACAAUAGGGUUUCUUAUUUUUCAAGUUUUGGUGCAUUUUUGUAUGGGCUAAGUUUAAAAACAGAUCAUUUUGAGAAGCAAAUUUCUAGUAAUUAUCAAAGCUAAUGUCAAAUAAUUCAGGCCAGAGAUGGUAAGGUAGGAUAUUCUAUUCCAAAGAUGGGCUUCAAUCCAUCAUCCUCAACGGUAGUUUUCACUAAUCACUACUACCAAAGAUAUGUGAUGACAAAAUGCAUUUAAAAUAUUAUGGUUACUCUAGUAUGUACAGGACAAUUACUCUGAAAUUCAAAUUGAGUAAUACUGGAUUAUCAUUUAGAAAAAUCUUCCAGUUCCUUCAGUCAUUUGAGUUUAUUAAAGCAGUUUUAUUCUUUGAAGAACAAUGACAGGACAUAUUUAAAAUGUUUGUGGAUUAAAUAUUUAAUUGUAUGAAUUAAGUCAAACAAAUUAGUGCAUUGUGAUUUUGUUCUCUGAUGAAAACUUGUUUAUUUUACAUUCGGAUGUUGCCUUCACCUGUAAUUUUACAUUUGAUGUUGACACAUUUUUUUAGUUUAAAUUGGCGUGCACCAAAAUAACUGACUGAAUUGAAUCUCUUCUGUGUGGAAUGUGACAAUUGUGAAAUAUUUUAGACUAAGCAAGAUUUUGGAGCAUCAUAAUGCUGAGGAAUUGGGACCUGUGAGGAUUUGCCCACCACUGAUUUCAGUGGAAAAUAGCAUUCUAUUGUUUUAAGGCAAUUGUGUCUAAUCCAUAGACAAAGUUUAUAUUGUAUAUUGUGAUCAGCAAGUCUGACAGUUUGUAACACUGCAGUUAUGUUAAUUAUCCAUGAGACAAAAUUAAUUGCAAGCUGUGCUUUGGAAAAGUAAUUUUUGCAAACUUUUAAACAUAGUAAAUUUUAGUUCCACACUUGUUUCCUAUCAAUUAUUUAUUUAGCAUAAUGGAUUUAUUUCCAGUGUAUAGACUGCUGUGUGUAAUAAAUAUCUGUAGUUUGUAGCGGCAGCAUAAAGUAGCUGAUUUAUUUAUAUUGUGGAGGGAGAAUUUAUGACGAGGAGAAUGAGCUGAUUGAAUCAUCACAUUUGUAGACUUGACCGUAAGUCUAAAAUGUAGAAAGGAAAUGAAGAUUUCCCCACAAAAUGAUUCUAAAUCAAUUGACUUGUGCUAAUCCUAAUUAGCCCCUGGAAUUUACCUCAGAUUUAGAAAUUGUGGUUUUUGAAUGACAGAUUGCUUGAUCUGUUCGGUAUUGAUGUCAGGACUACUUGUGACUCAGUGUACAGAGUGAGCAUCUCCAGUUCUGCAACACUGAAUUACUUUCUGUACCAAAUGAGGAGAAAAGAAUUAACAAGAACACAAUCUAUUGUAAAUGAUAGUCAUUUCCAAAAGGACAAAUUGGAACAGACUUCUAUA